CUCCCGUCAGAGAAGAGGACACGCGGUGCCGCUUUCUUCUCCAGAGCCACCCACCAGCUUCCACUCCUCGCCAUGGUCACAGAAGCAAAAGCGCGCACUUGCGGCCCACGUCUCUCCGGCCGUCCCCAUAUAACGACGGCGCUGCCCGGCACGCAGCAGAUACGAAACACAUGACCACAAGCAUAGCCCAGGAAGGCAGGCACGUAGUAGAUCCCGUAGCAGACGUCCCGAAUUAAGCUCCGAUGGACGAGGGCAAAUAUCAGCAAGGAUGGCUCUCCGUCGGCCUGCCGCCGGCGCCGGUGCUCGCCGUCACCGGCAUCGUGACCUUCUUCCUCUACCUGUCGUGGCAGAUGGAUGAGUACGAGGAGCAGCUGCGGCAUCGCACCCAGGCGGGCUUCUGGGUGCUCCUGGUGCUGGGAGUCCUCGCCCUGGUCUUCCUCGCGCAGCACGCGCUGUUCGACGGAGAGGGCAGGGUUGUGGCGGUGCCGGCGGCGUGGCGAGGCCAGCCCGAUGGCGGCUCCGGCACGUCGCCGUGGGGCGUCGCGGCCCUUGUGGCUCUGCUGCUGGUGCUGGUGUCUCACAGGUCCGACUUUCAGAUAUUCAAGCCCCCGGGGUUUAGAUGAGCAUGUAAAUUUUUAUUUUCAAGGAAAGUCAUGUUAUGUAUCCCGACGCACAUAGCUAUGGUAUACUAUUAUACAGUAUUAAACAAAAUAGAAGAUAUUCUCUUACACAUCUGCAUGAUUAGGCCGGAUAGCAUAAAUAGAAAAAGAGUUAAAUUUCAAAUAUGAUCGGUAUGUUUGUAAUUGGAGAAAGUUGUGACUAAAGUUGUACCCAAUGGAAGAAUGUUUACAGUCUGGGUGAAA